AUGUUGCAGGUUUUACAUUAUUUCACGUCUAUAUGGUUGCUGUUUCAAAUUAUUAUUUACUGCGAGGGACAUACUCAUGCAACUUUGUUUUCUUCAGUUCCUACGAAUCUCACUGAAAGUACCUUUCCAGUGACUAUCAAUCUUGAUUCUAAAUCAGAUUUAAUCCUUAUGAAAUGUCCAUACGCAAAAUACAAUCAUUCAAAGGUUGAAGAUUCUUUUAGAAUACAUGCUUCAUUAGUGUCGUCAAAAAUAACAAUUGAGAAUGAAAGAAAAAUCUUCGUAUGGAUACCAUUGGCACAUAAUGCAUUUGAACAUAGUAUAAUCACUUGUGGAGAACUUGGUAUAAGACGUAUUGACAAAAGUUUAAUCACCUAUGAUUGGAGUUUCCAAUUCAAUUGGCAGUCUAAACCAAAACCAUUUGAAAUAGCAAAGAGAGAAAAAGUAUCAAACACACUUCCUUCAUCUAAUAAUUGUAGUAAUGAUCCAUCUAAAAUUAUCAAAUUUAUCAAAGAUAAACAAGGUAUUAUGAAACGUGUUAAUAUAAAUAAUGGUGAAUUGAAGGAAGCAGAAGAAUUACCUCAUGCCAAUAAAUUAUAUUACUAUUUUGAUGUUCCUGAUGAUAAUUCUAUUCUGGAAUAUGUACCUCCUUGUGAAAUUGUUAGAGCGGUUAAUGAGAAACCAGAAAUAAAAAUUAAUGGUCAAGAACACCCAGUAUCUCCAAAUAAUAACAAAAUUCAUGUUAUUAAACGAGAAACCAUAACAGAAGUAUUCAAUAUAAAACUUCACUUGAUGUCUCCAGAUACUCCUGAUUUCUAUAAAGGUGAAAAAAUUUUAAUGAAAGAAAUGAAAUACACAGAAUCAAGUAUUAAAGAUAUGCCAAAUACUGAUGAAAUGAUAAUAGACAGCUUUACUCUACAUCAAUUUAAGAUACUGAAGUUCACCUACAAUUAUCCUGCACUUGAAAAUGAUAAAGUUAUAGAAAAAAUAUAUUAUUUUGGACCAAUGAAAGAUGAUUAUAACUUUCCAAAUCAGGACAUAUUAUAUCUGGCAAAUGAAACGUCUAUUCAACCAAAUUGUACCAUUAAUGGAAUCACAUAUGGAUAUUUUGAUUCUCUCACUUAUAAAAAUAAAACUAUUAAAUUAAAUGAAUUUAUUAAUAAUGAAAAAGAUAAUUUUGAACGUUAUGGAGAUCAUAUUAUUUUAAAAAAUAAUAAAACCAACAUGAUAUCUUUAAAAUGCCGUUAUAUUACUCUUACUGGAACUGUUACUUUAACUCAAACAUUUAUAAAAGGAAAAAAAGUAUUUAUGGGAAAAAAUGAAAAAGGUGAAGAUAUAUAUAAAAUUUUAUCACAAACUGAUGGAUCAGAAUAUGAAAAAAAAAUGGCUGAUAAAAAAAAAGAAAUGGAAUCUAUGAAAAAAUCUUUUAUUGAUAAAUUAAUUGAUUAUAUUGGUAUUGGUGGUACAUAUGGUCUUAUUGGUGGUAUAUGUCUAUUUAUUAUUAUUAUUAUAAUAAUUAUUAUUAUAUUAUGUUAUUUCAAAUCAAUUAAACCACGUCUUAUCAGAAAAAAAAUUCAAAAAACAUAUCCUAAUAUAUUUGAAUUAUGGAAUGAUAUAUCACAACAAAAAUUAGAAAAAUAUUCACAAAUUGGUGUUAAAAGAGAUUAUGUUGCUGAUUGUGAACGAUGCCAUGAUUACAAAAAAACAUGUGAAGGUUUUGAAGAAAUAUUUGUUGAUACAACAUCUUUAUUUGAUAAAUAUUUAGUCAAUUGUUAUAAAAAUAUUAAUGGAACAAUAACUGCCUAUUAUAUUGAUAAAAUAUCACCACAAAAAAAAUAUAUCAUUUCUGAUGGACCAUCAACUAAUAAUAUUAAUUAUUUUUGGGAAUUAUUGUAUCGUGAAAAUGUUAAAGUUAUUGUGGCAUUUAUUGAUAUUGAAGAUGACAAUGUAAAUUAUUGGCCAAAAAAAUCUUCACAAAAAUAUGGUAAUAUUAAUGUUGAAUUUAUUAAAAAUUUGUCUGCUAAUGAUAUUUCACAUUUAUCUAUUUAUCAUUUUCAAAUGACUGUUGAUGUUGGUAAACCAAAAGAAAUAACAUUAUUUCAUAUUAAUAAUUGGAAAGAACAUGAAAUACCUAAAACUGAUUUAUAUANUUUUUAG